AUGGGGACGAAAGGUUAUGAAAACCAAUAUUCCACCAAAACCACGGCUGAGGACGCCCAGCACCGGCAAGAGGAGCUGAAGGUGUGGCAGGAGGCCUAUUGCUGGAAGGAAUAUGCCCCCGGCUGGCCGAGGUGCCUGGACGUGGCAAGCGUGGACGAGCUGGACUCCAAUGACCAGGAGCUGAAGCUGAAGGGCUUCUUCUUAUGCACGGGCUCCUGGGAGAAGCUGGAAGACAUCCGGAAGAUAUUCUGGUGUAACAAGAACCCCACUUCAGAGUACGUCUCCGAGAAGUGGCAGGAAGAUUCGUUCUUCGGGUACCAGUUCCUUAAUGGUGUCAACCUGGUGGUGAUGUGGAAAUGCACAUCACUCCCAGAGCACUUCCCUGUGACGGAGGAGAUGGUGGCCAGCUCCCUGGGGGAGGGCACCACCCUGCAGGACGAGCUCAAGAAAGGGAACAUCUUCCUGACGGAUUACGAGAUCCAGGAGGGGAUCCCACCCCAGUUGAAUGGGGAACAGCAGUACCUGGCCGCACCGCUCUACCUGCAGCACCUGACACCUGGCGGGCAGGUCAUGCCCUUGGCCAUCCAGCUCAGCCAGUGCCCGGACCCCGGCAGCCCCAUCUUCCUGCCCAGCGACCCCAAGUGGGACUGGACCCUGGCCAAGAUCUGGGUGCGCCUGGCCAACUUCCAUGUCCGUGAAGUCAGCACCCACCUGCUGGAGGCUCAUUUCCUCUGCGAGGUCUAUUGCAUGGCCACACUGCGCCAGCUGCCCAUGUGCCAUCCUGUCUACAAGCUCCUGAUCCCCCACACCCGCUACACCCUGCACAUUAACACCCUGGCUAGGACCAACCUCAUCCAGCCGGGAGGGGGUUUCAACAAGAUGCGAGGUGACUUCCCCCUCCAUUGCCUGGUAAGAGCCUCCUCGACGGGUCGGGAUGGGAUGCUGAAGCUGCCGACCAAGGGCGUGGAGAAUGUGAGCUACGAGGUGCUCUGUCUGCCAGACAACCUAGAAGCUCGUGGUGUCACCUCGCUCCCCAAUUGCUACUACCAGGAUGAUGACGUGAGAAUCUGGACAGCGGUGGAGAGCUGA